CAGCUCCUGGACCAGCCGUUCCAGGUCUUAUGGACAAAGGAAGAAAACUUGCACGUACUCUAUAUAAUAAGGUCUGGGAGGUCUGUUGCCAGCGAAAAGGCAGAUUCGGCUUUUUCGCUAGUCUCCUGAUUUCAAUGAUAUUGAUGGGACGAUCCAAGAAACAAGGCACGUUUUUGAGGCCGACAAGAAGGCUAACGGUGUCAUCGUCAUGAUAUCUUAUGAGUUGAC